AUGGAAACAGCUCAUUGCUUUCGCACUGAAAGACGGGCAAAGCAUUGGGUUAUGCCCAUUUUUGCCGUUGCCAUCCCCAGCACAAAGUCGAACGAAAGGGCUUAAGUAGGCUUUGGCUAACUCAAUUAAGCCUAAUUCAAUUUGUGUAUAACAUGGUUUUCGACCAGUCUCAAGCUGGGUGAACUGGAACGAAAUACCAGAGUUCGAGGACACUACAUGGAGGAUGGGGUUGGCUGCUGCUCGGGGAAGCCAGCAGGACCAUUUGGGUCAGGGCAUUCGUAGGCAGGGCCGUUACCAGAACGAACGGUGAAUUAGGGGCGCUCUUGGGCUGGGGCAGGAGAGGUUGCAGCAGCUUUGUUUCCAGGAUGGAGCUAGGACUCUAGGCGGUAUGUUGCGCAGCCUCUCCGGUCAUGGCAAAGGAAGGCUUGGCGGGUGCAGGCGAUGCAUCUUCAGGUAGGGCUGCACGGGGAAUGACCUUCAUGCCCGACCACGGAGCCGUAAUGACGUGGGUCUUAUAGCGCCCCCCCCCUCGACUAAUCCUGACACCUUAUCCCUCAAUCAGUUAGUUGUUUCCUCUUUACCCCUCGACUAAUCCUGGGUGUAUUCGGGGGGUCUUUCCUUCUUCCCCCCCAGACGUAGGGGUGGUUACCCGUACGUUAGUUGAGGAUGGUGUCUGGGUGCUGGUUAUUGUGUGAUGUGGCCUGCAAGUUGUUGUUCUUUCGGCUGGCGCACAAGCAGCACAUAAACGUCUGUGUGUGCCCCUUCGGACAAUGUGCACAAUGUUACAUGUGGGGGUUGUGCAGUAUGUGGAAGCUUAGGUGUUGUACAGGUUCAUAAACCCUUUGCAAAAGCCCUCUGAACACAUAGCGAAGUCUCCCACAGUAGAGCACGUUGGAAAUUUCGUCUGGACGGCUCUCACAAAGUGGGUAUUCCGGAAAUGCCAAACAUUGACGUUUUUGUCCAGACAUUUUUAGGACGGGCGAAGGUACUGAUCAUUGUCUGAUGGCACGGGCCGUUGGCCGACGCGCGCUGGGUCGACUUUGGCUCCGUCACUGCUGGCAAGGAGCUCGUACUGCCAGCCAUCCCUGCGACGUUCAAGGCUGACAACGUGAGGGAUGCAGAGGGGCUACUGGCAUUGCUGAGGCAGCGGCGCAUCAUGCCGGAGGGCAGCACAGCCCUCAUCAAAUCCCUCUCUGGCGGGCUGCUGCGGUGGCAGGACCUUGAGGAUGGUCCUGAGCUGCCUACUGAAGGGCGUCUGGAGGUCGUGUUUAAGCUGGGCACUACAACAGGAUCAAGCUCAUCCAAGGACUACAGCGGGGCUUGGCUCUACUCGAAGUACGUGGCUGAGAAGUUUGGAAUGGACGCGCCGUACAAGCAGUAUGGGCUUUACUCCUGUACGGCCGCUGGCAUGCUCUACGGGGCCAGCAAGUGGCGGCGGGCCAGCCUGUUGGCGCAGGCGGUGCUGCAGCCCGACCCUAGCCAGCAGGAGUUGUUGCGGCUGAUGUUGGGUGCAACGGCUGACCAGUUCAAGCUUGCCGUCCACUAUGUUGGUAGGUUUAAAGCACAGGGGGUCAUCGGGGCAGCCAGUGCACCACUCCUGUGGUUAGGGUACUGCCGAGCUUCACGGCUGUACAAGCAGCGUACGUAGGUGGCCGGCGAGGGUUUAGGAUGGAGACAAGCGAGGGGGGCUGAUCAAGGCAGACGUAAGGAAGCAGUUCUUGGGCAGCAAAAUGGAGGAACACCCAGGAGACAACAGUGCCGCACCGUGCAUGCUUCAUGUGGCUCCAGAAUUCCCCAUGUUGUUUGUGUAAGCACGCCCAGCAAACGGAGGUCCCUGAAGUUGUGCGUGCUACUGAGGCCGAUGUGGCAGCCAUCUAAACAUGAUGGGCAGCGUCAGUGCCCUUCAAAACGUGAAAUGUAUGAAAUGUGUAACAUGUAUGGAGCUAUGAUGAGGAGAAAGAAAGAUGGGUCGAUUGCGUGUGUGGGCCACGUCGGCUGGUUGCAUGAUUGUAGUUGAUGGCGACCAUCCAGGAUAGACCAAUGUGGUGCCAACCUAUCACACCGUGUGAGCCGUGUCGUGCUGACAAUGACAAAAGGGUGUUAGCGUUCGUCGUUGAGCGAAUGCCCACGGGCGAGACACCUGAAAGGAUGGGUUACAACAGCCGACAGGGGGAAACGCAUAGGCACAAGAAUGUGUUGUGGGACCCUUUGACAGAUGCCAUCGUGGAUGAUGGGAGCAUUUGAAUGCACAACAUGUGCGCACGUGAUUGUUUUGUUGUUGGUGCCAUGAGAGCUCGCCGGUGAGGCGUGCGGCUUAGUCAAGAGUUUGAGGCCGUUUCAAUUGUGUAACUGCAAGGAGAUGGCUUGAUUUGG